AUGGAGGCUCGAAGUAGUUCCCGGGUCCGAAACACGAUCUGUGGUCAGGAAGUAGUGAUUCCUUGUGCUUCUGACAAUGACUCGUGUAGUAUAGAAUUGCAGCUGCGCAGGUUAGAGGUUACUGGAAAGGACCCAAGUAGCCUUGAACUUACAGACUUGGACAUCCCUGACAUUCCUGGACUCCCUUGGGAGUUCCUCUCAGAUAACUUUGGACACUUGACUCACCAGGCGCCUUCCGGGGAGGCCACCGUUGAGAGGCUUAUCCAAACCACUCAGGAGUUUUUUAAUGGUGAGCUAAAGGGUGAACAUGCGAAGCUGACAUUCCUAAGAUCUUUAUAUUCUCUCAGCCAAACUUUACCUUAUGAUGAAACCACAGAAUCAUUCAUUCACAGCCACGUAGCAGACAUUGUACAGAUCCUAAGUGUCCUGGUGCAAGAGGAGCCCCAGCAUUCUGUGUUCAGCCCUGUGCGCCAGGAGAUCUUUGUUAUCAUCACUGAUCUCAGUUACCAAGAUGUCCAUUUGCUGUUUGGCUCUGAAGAUAGAACUGAGUUGUUCAUGCUUAUUACCAAAAGUGUAAUGACUCUGCCCUCUGUACGGACUCUGGCCCAGCUGCAGGAAAUCAUGCCAGAUGGGACUUGCAACUCAGAGCUUCUCUACAGGCAGACAUUUCAGGCAUUCUGUGAGAUGCUACAGAGUUUGGUGGUAAAAGACCCACAUUUGGAAAAUCUUGACAUCAUUUUUAAGCACAUGGAACCCUGGUUACAGUCAGUCAAAGACCAUAGGCGGGAGAGGGCCACAAUCAGCAUGACUCAAGUUUUGAAGUGCUUAUCCAGACAUCUCAGCUUGAAGCUUCCACUGCGGUUCCAAAGACUUGGAUAUCUCGUGGCUUUGAUGGCACUGCUGUGUGGGGACCCACUGGAAGACGUGGUCAAGGAGGCAGCAAAAGGCACACAGUACCUGCUACAAAUCACCCUGGAGCUGAAAUAUAUCACUCAUGAUAAGGAAAACCAGCAAAGCUUGAAAAGAGCAUUGAGAAAAUGUCAAGCCUUCCUGGAGCGCUAUAGCAUUCUGUGCUUUCACAGCUGUCCCUUCAUAGUCGCCCAGGUCUUUGAAGGUUUUCUUGAUUCAGAUGAGCUCUUCCAGUUUGUAAUGACUACAUUGGAUGGCCUGAAGAAUCGGAGACAUCUCUGUACCCAGGAAUCAGCAGGAGAAUUGUUGGUAACAUUGGUGAAGAAUGCAGAGUCCCGCUUUGAGAAGGUGCCAGAAAUUAUGGGUGUUAUCUGUGCCCAGCUAGCCAUAAUCAGCCAUUCUAGAGUCCGUCAACAAAUCAUAAAUACUGUGAGUUUGUUUAUAUCCAGGCCCAAGUACACAGAUAUAGUGCUCAACCACCUUCUGUGUCAUCCAGUACCAUAUGACAGGCAUCUAGCUGAGUUGUGGAGAACCCUGGAAGUAGAGCUGUUCGACACCCACUGGAUUCUGUGGAGGCUACUGAAGAGGCUGCAAAAAUGCCAUAAUGUGCCCACCCAGGAGAAGAUGGCCUAUGUGGCUGUGGCAACAACAAAUGCACUUUAUGAGCUGUUUAUGGGAAACAGGCUCCAAGCAGCUGUACAGCAACUCUUUCCUCAGCUUCUCAUGACACUGCUCAUCCAGAUCCACCAGAGCAUUGGCCUCACCAUGUCUGAUGUCGCUGUCCCCAGUGGCCUGUACACAGGACAGGAAGUGUCUUCAGAGGUCACCCCUUUGAGCUUUGCCAUGCAGGCUAUAAAGACUCUCCUCCUCAAAACAUCAUGCUUGCAGGAAUUCAACAUCAUGGAAAAGAAUAAAGGAUGGACUCUUCUGAAGGAAAAAGAUUGCCAUCUUCAGGGAAUAUUUCUCCUUGCCAAUGCAUUGCUGAAAAGAAAUUGUUCCUGUGCAUAUAAGGUCAUGUACUUGCUAGUCCCUCUUCUUAAUCGAGGGAAUGACAAACAUAGACUCACAUCUGCAGGCUUUUUUGUGGAGCUUCUCCAGAGUCCAGUGGGCAGGAGACUGCCCAGAACAUACUCCAUUGCCCGCCUGAAAGACUGGCUAUAUAAUGGAAAUCAUCUCUUUAGAAUCAUUGGCCUGAGGGGACUGCACAAUCUUGCCAAACACCAGGAUUUGAGGGAAGACAUCGAGAGUUUGUUGCCAUGCGUCUUAAUCAGCUUAUGUGAAGCUGAUAAGGAGAUUGUUCUGUUGGCCAUCAAGGUACUCCUGCAACUUGUCAGGUCACUGGAUAUCACUACCCUGGCCGCCAUGAUGAGGACCCUGUUCUCCUUAUUUGGUGAUGUGAGACCCGAAGUGUGUCGCUUCUCCAUGACUCUCUUUGGAGCCUCCAUCAAGUCUAUAAAGUAUCCGAAUAAGAAGAGGGUAGAGAACCAAGUCUUAGACAGCUUGAUCCCACUGCUUCUGUAUUCUCAGGAUGAAAAUGAUGCAGUAGCUGAGGAGAGCAGGCGAGUCCUAGCUAUCUGUGCCCAGUUCCUGAACUGGAAGCUGCCCCAAGUCGUGUACUACAAAGAUCCCUGGUAUAUCAUACCUACUGAAGUUGAAGCAAUCUGCGAAUUCUUUGAAAAAAAAUGCAAGGGGAAAAUUAACAUCCUAGCCCAAGCAUUAAUGUACUCCAAGAAUGCAAAACUUCCCAUCAGAAGAUCAGCAGUCUUGUUUGCAGGGCUCUUAUCAAAGUACAUGGAUCACAAUGAGCUCAAGACAAAGGACACCGACUGGAUAGAGGAUG